UAAAAACUAAAGGAGGUAUCUUCUUCCCACACAGAGCCAUUAAGAUUCCAUAGUAUCAGGGUCCAAUUUGACAGAGAAUCUCUCGUACAUGGCAUCAAUGGCUCUUCCUUUGCUCCAACAUUCUCUAGAUCCCAUCUCUGCAUCUCCCACAGUUUCAAAAUCUCUUCUUUUCCCCCAAAAUGCCCUUUCUCGUACACUCUCUCCUCGCCGGAGUAUUCCCAAGUCUUCCGUCUGUCACUCUCGGAGUUCGCCUCCGACGCAAUAUACAAUAGUUCAUCGGAAGCACAUUUCCCUGAAUGACUCUCUCUACUCACGUUUAGUUUUCAAAUGCAGAAACCAUGAUGAGCCUAAGUCAACGACCAUUUCUUCUGAGCUUGCCCUUGAUGCAAAGUCUGCAAAGUCGGAAACUUUACAGCAAAUGGAUGGUUUGGAGAUUACCCACGAAGCUAAAAAAGGAAAGAGUUUCUGGGCUGCCGUUAGUUUGAUCAUUGGAACCGCCGUUGGUCCUGGAAUGCUCGGCCUCCCAGCUGCAACUAUCAGAUCCGGUUCAAUCCCAUCGACCAUUGCUUUACUUUGUUCUUGGGUUUACGUCAUUUCCUCUAUACUUCUCGUGGCUGAGCUCAGCUUUGCAGCCAUGGAAGAAGACAAUGCAGCUGAGGUUAGCUUCACAGGACUUGCAACCAAAUCCUUUGGGAACAAAUUUGGGGUUUUUGUUGCUUUUGUGUAUGCUUCACUGAGUUUCUCUUUGGUGGUUGCUUGUGUCUCGGGUAUUGGCUCUAUUUUGUCUCAAUGGUUUCCUUCCUUGAAUCCAUUCUUGGCCAAUGCUAUUGUCCCUCUAGUCUCCGGAAUCUUGAUUGGUUUUUUCCCUUUCGAUGCCAUUGAUUUCACUAACAGGGGUCUCUGCUUCCUCAUGCUCUUCUCUAUAACUUCACUUGUGGCCAUAGGUUUAUCUGUGGCUAGGUCCAAUGUAUUAGCCUCGUUUGGUCAAUCAUGUUGGAAAGUCUCCACCAUUUUACCCGCGGUUCCUGUCAUGGUACUGACACUAGGGUUUCAUGUCAUCACUCCCUUCAUAUGCAAUCUCGCAGGGGAUUCGGUUUCAGAUGCUAGGAGCGCCAUUCUUGUAGGUGGUAUUGUGCCAUUGGCAAUGGUGUUGUCAUGGAAUCUAAUUGUUUUGGGGCUUGCAAGGAUCACAGUGCCUGCUGUACCUUCUUCAUCCAUUGACCCAAUCUCUCUUCUUCUAUCUGUCAACCCUUCUGCUUUAUCUGCUGUUCAAGGCUUUGCUUUCUCAGCCUUAGCUACCAGUUUAAUUGGAUACUCUGUUAGCUUCCCGAAACAGCUCCUUGAUACAUGGAAGCUUGUGUCUAAACAAUCAAAUGGGAAUGGAAAUGGAAGAACCGGGUCAGUAAGUUUCUCAUCCAAGGAGGGUAAUAAGAGAACUAAUGGGAGAGUCUUAUACAGUGAACCAGCAAGAGCUCGUGACGGAUUUGAAGCAGUAGUAAUGCUAUUUGUCCUUGGAGUUCCAGCUCUGAUUGCAACAUUCUAUCCCUCAACGUUCUCGAGAGCUCUGGAUUUUGCUGGUGUUUAUGCAAACUGUUUCCUCUUUGGUGUCCUGCCUCCUGCAAUGGCUUAUAUUCAACAGUCUAGAAAGAAGCUCAGGUCAUGGGUUCUUCCCGGAGGCAACUUUACCUUGUUGAUCUUAUUUGUAAUCGCCAAUAUUUUGGGAAUAUGGCAUUAGAUUACCGUCAAAUAGAAAUGUUUUGUUUGUAUCAUUUUACACAGACAUUUGCCAUGAUCUUACUGUGCUAACCGGACUCUAGGGAAGCAACAAGACCCCACUGGGACCUUCACGAA